CAUUCUCCCUUAUCAACCGACCAACUCACCAACCAAUCACCUCCCAUCCAAUCCAAUACCCUGCUCAUGUCAAUUCUUACUCUAGGUAACAAUUUAAAACAAAACGCUUCAACUAGUCGUCGUCCAUUCUUUGAACGUAAUCGAACUACUCAUCCUGCUAGGAGUACAAUCUCUCAUCCACAGUUACGUGAUUUACUGAUUUGUCCUGAUUUACCACAUCAUGUUCAAACUAUCUCGGGGAAUGGGGUAGAUACACAUCUUUUGGGUCAAUAUACAAUGUCAUUGAUGGAUGUUCCUACUAGCUUUGCUCCAAACUGUUUGGUUCAUGGUUGUGGAAUGAUGGCUAUGGGUGGUGAGAAUGCUGAUCUUUUGAUUCGUUCAACUGACAUUACAUCAAAAUGGGAAAUCAAAACCCAAACAGGUCGAUCAAUUGUCAAUUCUGCUUGCUUUCAUCAAUUCUCUAAUUCUUUUAAUCCUCAAUUAUUAGUUUGUAAUAAUGAUCAAACUAUCACUCAAUAUGAUAUUUCAAAAGUGACUGAAAUUCAAGCAGCAGCAAGUAAUUCAUUAUCAGUAGAUACAUCACAUCAUUUACCAACGACUACAUCAGCUUCAAAUCGAAUAGGAUCACAAGAUAAUAAUGAUGAAGAAAGAAUUCAAGCAGAUGAAAAACCGAUUUUAACGUCUCAAGGUAGUAUACAUUUACCUGUACCUGUUAAUCAUUGUAGUAUUAGUCAAGAUUCAAGAUUGAUGGUAGCAGUAGGAGACAGUAAUGAAGUUUUCUUAUACGAUUGUCAUAAUUCUACUACUUCCAAUUCAACUUCGAUCACCUCAUGGAAUUCGAAAACCAAAAAACUUCAUUUACCAGGCGUAUCAAGUUCGACGGGAUCUUUUUCAACUUCUUGGAAUCAAUCAUCUGAUAAAUUUGCCGUGGCAAGUGAAGGUGAAGUAGUGGUAGUCUUUGAUAUUAAAAUGUUGGAUAAACCUUUGUUGGUGAAGAAAACUACUCAGAAUGGUAGAGCUGGUGCUGCCAGAGUGGUUAAGUUUACUCCUGAAGGUCCUAAUGAACUUUUAGCCUUUACAGAACAUCGAUCUUUGGUACAUGUCAUUGAUGCUAGAACAUUCGAUCCAGAUCAUGAUGAAACACUUAUUGUACCAACCCCAUUACCAGGUAUCAAUCCGAAUCCGAUCAGAUUACCACCAGGAACGAUUAGAUUAUCAUCUUUGAAUGAUAAUCGAUUAAUUCAAUCAUGGAUGAGAGGAUCUACAAGUCAUAGAUCAUCUACAGAAGAAGGAGAAGUGAAUGUGUUACCUGAAACAGAAGAAGAAGAAGGAGAAGGAGAAGGAGAAGAAAGGCAAAGGUCUUUGGAUGAACCAUCACGGGAGAGAAGAAGAUCUGAAGGUGGACAUGGGAUGGAAGAAGUACUUUGGGGUGAACUGGGAGAAAACAGAGGGAGUGGUAAUGGAACUGAAGAGAAUGCUUAUCGGUCCUCUUUGGUUAGAAGAUCUAACCGAUUGAGUAAUGGGAUUGGAAGGAAUGAAAGGAAUGGUACAAGAUGGGCUGGGGUGGGUACGAGUAAUAGUACGAGUGGUAGUAGUAAUUCUAAUAAUGUUAGAAUCGGAUUUCCAUCUUCAAGUUCGAAUUUGAAUUCUAAUUCGAUUCCAAGUAUGACCCGGAGGAAUCGAAGAAAUCAUGAAAGAACAGAAGAUGAAGGAGAAGGAGAAGAAGAUGAAGAAGAAGAAUGUAUUAUUCAAGAGAUGGUACCUAAUGAUCUUGAGAUUACGAGACUGUUUAAUCAAAGAGAAAGAGAGCUUCAUCAAUCUUCUACUGUUUCUGAUUCGACUAGUUCUUCUGGUUCUACCAAUCAAAAUAAUUUAAUCAUUAGAUCUAAUCCGAUCGAAACUAAUACUAGAAGAAUCCAAAUCGGAGGCUCAUCCUUACGAAUGAUUAACCUUCAAGGAAGUUCGACGUCUGGAAACCUAGGAUUAGAACACACCAGUAAUCUAACCGAAAGUUUUAAUGAACAGAUCCGAAGAUUAACUAAUCGAAACUUACAUCAAACUUGGUUAGAUGUUUCUUCAGGCUCGAUGGGUCAAGGCGCUUUGGGAUUACAUCAUCAUCAUCAUCUUAGGAGUGGGAUGUGGGAUGAUUUGGUAGGGGUGAGUUGGACGAUCGAUGGUGAGUAUUUGGUCUCUGGAACUGAGGUCGGGUUGGUGGAAUGGAAGGUUAAGAGGUGUUUUAGAACUGGAUUUGGGGAUUCUAGAUUGUGUUGAGGUGUUCCCUAAAGAGGAUUGAGAGAGGUUGGGGUUGGGGGUUUCUUUGAGGAGGGGAGGAAGUUUGGAGCAAUACUUUUGUUGUUUCUUUUGUUGUAUUUUUUGAUGAGUUUUUUUAUUUCCUUAUUUGUUGUUGUUGUUGUUGUGGAGGGGAGUAAGGUGAGGGGUAUGUAUUUUUGUUUUGGAAUGAAAUGAAUUUUGAAAAGUAAAAUG